GAAACGAGUGGCAAAUUAUACUUUAUAUAUUCGAAAAGGAAGUUCCUCACAUUCUCUUAAAACCAUAAAGUAGUGAAGUUCUAGCUGAGAAUUAGCUAAAUCAUAAGUGAAUGAAAUAAAAGUAGAAUUAUAGUUUGCAUAUAAAAAUGUUAAAAUUUCUAGAUAAUAUGGUAGAGCACGUAUUACUGCAUUACCGUUGGUUUUUCGUCGUUUUUUUCUUGUUGCCGCUUUCAGUUAUCUAUGAGAUUUAUAGUCUUGCGAGAAACUGGCUAAUUUUUAAAUUGAAUACGGCUCCACAGCAGCAUGAAAAACGAGUGAAAAUUAUUCAGCGCCAAGUUAAAGAAUGGAAAGCCAAAUUUAGCAAUCGGCAAAUGUGUACUGCGCGUCCGGGUUGGCAAACGAUGAGUUUCCGGCAAGGCCGAUAUAAAUCCUCCAUGUUCAAUGUUCGUAUUGGUAUGUACGAUAUUCUCGAGGUCAAUGUGGAUGAAAAGUACGUAAGGGUCGAGCCUAUGGUAACAAUGGGUCAACUUUCCAGAACGUUAAAUCAACUCGGAUGGACGAUCCCCGUACUUCCGGAGAUCGAUGAUCUUACAGUUGGUGGUCUGAUAAUGGGCACGGGCGUCGAGACCAGCUCCCACAAGUACGGACUUUUCCAGCACACCUGUCGCGCCUUCGAGGUCGUACUGUGCGAUGGUUCGGUGGUAAAAUGCAGCCGUACGGAUAAUGUGGAGCUUUUCCAUGCGAUACCUUGGUCUCACGGGACGAUUGGCUUCCUACUCGCGGCCGACAUCGACAUCGUACCCGCGCGCAAACUCGUCAAGCUCCAUUACCAACCCGUGCACAACCUGAAGAAAGCCAUCCAAGUCUUUAAGAAAGCGAGCUACGAUACGAGCAAUGACUUCGUCGAGGCCAUUAUGUUCUCGCUGGAUGAUGGUGUCGUUAUGACAGGUGUCAUGGUAGAUGCAGACAAUUGUACAAAAACUAAUGAGAUUGGACGCUGGUACAAGCCGUGGUUUUUUAAGCACGUCGAGAGCAAACUUUAUAAAGAUAUGAAAUACCUUACCGAAUAUAUACCGCUUCGUCACUAUUAUCAUCGACAUACCCGUUCACUAUUUUGGGAACUCCAAAAUAUUGUCCCUUUCGGAAAUAAUUUCCUAUUUAGAUUACUUUUAGGAUGGACAAUGCCACCUAAAGUUUCUCUCCUAAAAUUGACGCAAACCAAGUCGAUAAAGAAACUUUAUGAAACACAGCACAUCAUCCAAGACAUGCUCAUUCCUAUUGAAAAACUCGAGGAUGCCAUUAUAAUGUUUAAUAAGAAGGUUGAGGUUUAUCCUCUAUGGUUAUGCCCAUUUAAACUAACGGACGAUCCUGGCUUCGUUCACUCGCACCAAUCCUCCAGCGAAAUGUACGUGGAUGUCGGAGUUUAUGGAAUUCCAGGCACACGCGAUUACGAAGCCACACGUACGACUCGAGAAAUCGAGAAAUUCGUCAGUGACGUUCACGGCUACCAGAUGCUUUACGCAGACACAUAUACGACGAGAGACGAAUUCCGAAAGAUGUUCGAUCAUACGCUUUAUGAUAAAAUGCGCAAGAGCCUCAAUUGCGAGAAAGCUUUCUCGGAAGUCUACGACAAGGUCAAUAAAAACGCGAGAAUUUAAAUGUCAAAUUUCCUCUUGAUAUAUAUAUAUAUAUAUAUAUAUAU